ACCCGUUCUCACCACUUUUACUUAAAACUGUUCCUUAACUGAGUGCAACUUAAAGUUAAGGUCCAUUUAAAUCUAGUCGUCUGUUGCACGGCGCACUUCUAUGUAACACUUGGCUAAAGUGUUACUUACAAUUGUGGAUGUCUGGCAACAAUGUUAAAAUCUGGGGAUUUCUGUUAUUUCUAACGUCGGUGAGGUUAUGUUUCGUUGUUUUGUUCAUUGUGUUGACUUUCAAAUCAUUUUAAAUUUUAAUCAAGUCUGCGAUGGAAGCCCGUGGUUCUCCUCCACCGACAAAAAAACAAAGAACUGCCAAUUACUCAACAGAUGAGAAAAAUGUGCUGUUUAGCAUUAUAUGUGAUUAUAAAGGGAUAAUUGAAUGCAAAAAAACCAACGCCGUCACGUGGAAGGAAAAGGAGGCCACAUGGGAAAAGAUUUCCUGUAAAUUUAAUGCUCAAUCCCCAGGCGGUGUGUACAGAAAUGUGACAUCACUUAAAAAAUGUUAUGAAAACGCAAAAAAAACUGUUCGUAAAAAUGUGGCCCAUGAACGGUUAGAGUAUAUUAAAACUGGGGGUGGUACACCUAAUACAAUUGUCGACGAUAAAAACGAAGACUUAAUUUUAUCAAUCGUCAAUCCGAAGACUGUCGUAGGUAUCCAUAAUACCUUUGACUGCGACAUGGUUAUGGAAUGUUUGCCAGAGGAUAUAGCAAUUUCUACAACCAUGUCCCACGAAGCAUUGCCAGUAUCUAACCUGGAGGCUCCAUCAACAUCGGCAUCUGAAAUGGCCCCAGAGGCUGAAGAGGAUGUUGAUUGGGGCGAUUACAAGGUGGCCCACUUAAAAACGCCGGUAAAUAAAGCCUUGCAAACAAGUGGAAAUACUAAUAAAAAAAAUGGACAUCCAGGCGCCGACCAGUGGGUCAAUCCCUUCACUCGACAGACUUAACAAAAACAUAUAGUGAAGUGGCUAAACUCAAACAUGAAAUGUUAACCAUCCAAUUAGAGAUAAUUAAAGAAGAGAGGGAGGCCAAAAACCUAGAGAGCCAGCUGC